AUGCCGAUAUUUCACGACCCUGAUCGCCGGCGCCAGAGCCAGAGGUCUAAAGAUGAACAAGAAGACCACCAGCAGCCGGCCACAGGGUCCCCCCAAUACCAGUCAUUUCCCCAAUACCAGUCAUUUUCGUCCGAAGGAAAUAUUUACGAACGCAACAGAGCAGGGCUAUCUGAUAUAACUCUGGAGUCAGCAUCUCCAGCCCCAAGUCCGGCCAAGAUGUGGACCAACGAGCGCCAGGAACUCAUAGAUCGAAUCAAAGAGUCAUCGCCCUGGAGGCGCCAGUGCACGUCACAGACAAGUAACAGCGGUGAACGAUCGCUGUCUCGCGGCUCCCUGGAGGAAUCUUGGGAAGACCAACAAGUAGGAGAGCCCGCUACAGGACACUCCGAAGAUGGCCAACAAACAGAGGACCUGGGAUCACCGGCCGACAUCCAGAGACCCCGUUCUGCGUUGCACUCGGGCGAUUUUAGAGAAGGCAUAUCUCAGGAGAGCCCGCAAUCCCCCCAGACUCCUUUUGCUGGGCGCUUUGCUGAGCGAAGUCCAGCUUCUGCAUUUCCAGCUCUGGGGACUUCCCCUACAACACCGUGGUAUAGUGCGUCGACUUUUGCAACUCCCCGACGACACCAUGGUACAUUCGAUGAGCACCGCGAGCCGCAGGCUAUGUUUGGAGCCCGUUCUAGAGCGCCGUCCCUGGGUUCAUUUUCCUCCAGCUACGUUCUUAAGGCGCCUACAAGCCCGUUAGUGUAUCAGGCAAACAACACUGAUCUGGAUUUCUCUCCACGGGCGGGUCCCGCCGAGUCAACACUUUUGGAGAAGGCUAGUCGGCGCCGAACGCUACCCCCAGAGACAUUUCGACAGUUGGAAGGGUCCUCCCCAGCUACAAAUAACGUCAAUAUGAGCGGCCCUUACUUGUUAGACCAGCAUCAUACCUUCUAUAGUCAACCUCGUUCGCCUCCUCGCAGGUCUUUGACUUCAGGCUAUAGUCUGCAACUGGCAUCUGCGUCACCAACACAUACAAAUCGAGCACGAAGACCAUCUUUUGCAUCCGAUGUUUCUCCUAAACCACAUGCACCGAUGGUAGGAUCCUAUGAAGAGUCCAUUCUACGUGGUCGAAUGUCCAUGAACCCAUCGAAGCCGCUGGAUUUCACUGCUCAGAUAGGUGUCCUCGGAAAAGGCAAAUGCAAAGGCCGCCUGAAGUGCCCUCCUCAUGUGACGGUCCCAUUUCCGGCUUUCUUCUACAGUUACCCUACGUCUGGAUGUGGACGAUCAAUUUCAGAUGAUAGCCCGAGUCCUUACGUCGGUCAGAUCGACUUGGAAAAUUCUCUCUCCAAAGAGGACCCAAGCCCAUCCCGGCGUCGUAGGCGGCAUAUCAGUCCGAUCAAAUCCCAGCAGGGAACCACGUCAGACGACCACCGUGUCGUCCACCCCAACGCAGAGAGCCAACGCCGCCAGGAGAAGAAGAAUCGCCGGUCGGAAUCUCCUAAAAGCCCACCAGGUGGAUGCUACCGAAUACCCCAGCAAGGUCAAUUGCAAAUUAUAAUCAAGAACCCCAACAAGACUGCUGUCAAGCUUUUUCUUGUGCCCUAUGAUCUGGAAGACAUGGAGCCCGGGACCAAGACCUUUAUUCGGCAGCGCAGUUAUUCAGCAGGGCCUGUCAUUGACAUGCCACUGAGUGCGCGAAAGAACUACGGAACCGAUCGUCCUGAAGCAUCCUUGAACCACACUGAAGAUCCUCAGGACAAGCCGACCCUUCGCUAUCUCAUCCACCUCAACAUUUGUUGUCCAUCCCGUGGCCGCUUUUAUCUUCAUUCAAGUAUCCGAGUGGUAUUUGCAAACCGCGUUCCAGAUGGAAAAGAGAAAUUGCGCAAUGAGAUUCAGCUACCGGAUCCGCGGUAUAGUCCAUACAAGCCACGUGAAUCCGCUCUUUCGUCUUCGAGUGGUGCCCGGCUGGCUUUCGAAAAAGCUUCACGCAGGCGUAGUGUUGGCCAAGGCUUCAUCCCUUCUCUGCGUCCGUCUACCACCUUACCGAGUGGCGUUCCUACACAUCUGAGCUCAGAAGAACAAAUUGAAGCUCUAUCUUCUGAGUCUGACGCCACCAUGUACAGCAAGCUCAAUAGGGGAGAUGUUGGGUAUGGGGGAUUUCCCUACCUCCCCAGUCCAAGCGGCCCUGAUACUGGUGAGAGUUUGCUGGCCAAGAGGCUGCGUAGCUUGGAUGUCCAGAGACAAGAGCAGCUUGGGAAUCAUUGA